CGUUUUCCGAAUUCAUGUGGAAAGCGUUCGCCAAGAACUUGCUCGGCACGUGCGUCCUCGACGAGAUGGCAUGGACCUCGUGUGCUUUGUCUGCGUCCCAGGUCACGGGGAUGGCGCCGGCGUUGCGCGAGUGGAUCACACGUGGUAUCCGCAAGAUCUCGUUCGUCGACUGUGCUUUUCAAGAAGACCAUUUGUGUGCUCUUGCGGCGGCCAUUGCUCGUACGACAAGCCGCGUUGGUGUCCGCAUUCGCAUUGAGGACAAGGUCCAGCGCUUCAAGAAUACAACCUACAUCCUCCUCGGUCAAGCACUUGCCUCGUGCCGUGGCGUCUCGAUCGAGCUGCCGCCAGUGCUGGGCAACAACUGGCGCGACGAGCUCGGAACCAUCGACAACCUUGCGUUCGACCACUUGAUGGUUGACGGCCGACCACGUCUCGUGCUGGCGAGCGUCGCGUAA